AGCAGAAGGAGUCUCUAGCUGUCCCGGUCCAGUCCUGCCAAGAUGUGGAUGGUGUUGCCCCCUUCCGGUGCCGGUGGUAGAAGGCCCUUCCCAGGCACUGGGGGACAUUCCAAGGAGGGGGCGGCGCUUUCCGCUCCAGGCUUAUAAUGGGCUGCGCUGAGCUCCUCUCUCCUUCAAGCGACUGGGUAAAAAGACAGCACUGCUGUGACCUUGGUUGGUGCCUGUUUAUAUGAACAGGGAGAGUCUCUUUCUGCCACAAAAUCCCUCUGGGUACAAAAAGGCAGCCAGCGAUUCCUGUGCUUUCCCACAGUGCCCCACUGGGCCUUCGGGGACUGUGCGUCGUCCCCCUGGGAUGCAGCAGUGAGACACCCUUGGGGGGAAGAGGCUGAGUGGCGCCUCUUGUAAUUGGCAAGCAACGUGACUGGACAGAAGGGUGGGCCCAAGGUGCCCGGGGAACAGCCUGAGCGCUCCCUGCCCCCGCAGCUGCUGGUGGGAUGCGGAGCUAUGGACCAGCCUCCAUCUUCUCACAGUAGAAGGACAUAACGGGUCUGUUUAGAGGAGCAGGCAGGCUCCCUGGGUGGCAUCGCUCCAGAGUAACCGUGCCAGAUAGAAGCUCAGGCCAUGUGACGCUGAACUCUUCCCAGGGUGAGACUGACAGGGAGGUCAGCUUUCACUGUUGAUUAUUGUUGUUAUGAAGCCCUUCAAAAGGCUGCCCCCAGUAAGAACUCAGCAGCCAGCAUGAGCCAGCAUGUCUGCCUCUAGGCAGGGUUUCCAUGGGAACAAAAUUCACUGGCCCAACUGCUUCCAAGUCACGCUGGGACUUGGGGGGCAAUUUCUGUAAACAAAAGGGAGACCUCCCAUCCAGUGGUUUUCAGAUCCCAGCAAAUAAUGGGGGACUAAAGACAGACGAGCACCUUCAUAUCUGCUGAUGUGACCUCUCCCCCCCCCGCCCCCGGGGUCUUUGUUCCUUUGGAAUUGCCAGGGAAGAUUUAAGGGGGUCCUGGCCCGGUGUGUGUGGGGAGAGGUGUAGCUGUGCCCCCUUGCCUAGGCUUCUGUCCCAGAACUGCCAGCCCCAAGGAACUUCAAGCCGGCUGGGGAAGGCUUACUGGUACCCUGGCUUGGAUGACUAUGAGCAAGAGGCGGCAGGCUGAAACACCAAUCCGUGAAGACGGGACUGCCCUGCAGAGGCAGCGGAAACUUCUAAAGCUGAGCUAUGUUGCUUAGCUGGCAGCUGAGGAACUCCAGGAACCAUUGGCAGGAAUCGUUUCUUCCGGGCAAAUUCACAUGGGAUGAUAUCCUAGCUGCUUGUUUUCAAAGCUGAUGUUUGCAGUAAUUGUGGCCACUUCCCAGAUGUGAAAGAACACUCCAACAUCUGGGGAAGAGACAGUCUGUUCCAGGGAUCCCUCAUGGGGAUUUCUUCUCAGAAGAGACACUAAAAAGUUUUAUGUUCAGAGAUGCAUUCCAGUAACAAUCAGAGCUCAUGCAGUUCAUUGGAGGAGCUUAGGGCCCUUUGCUCUUUCUUAGCCUGACCUUCCUCACAGGGCUGUUGUGAGGAUAAAAUCAAAGAUAGGAGCUGCUUGCAAUAGAACUAGGAUAAAAAUGUACCUGACAGAGUUUUAAGUGCCGACUUUGAUCAGUGCAGUGGAACCUCACCUGUUCAUUCCCUGCCAAAGAGGCCACAGGAGAGACCGGCCCGCACUAUUGCAACCUCCGUGCGCAAAACUGGCCCCAAAGACUGCUGUGGGUAGGAGAAUCACAGAGCAGGAAGCAGUAGGUGGGAGCAGUGAGAAGGCUGCUGGGUUGCAACCUGCUAAGCAGAGCUGGCUCUUUAAGAGCUCCUCGGGAACAAACCCGCUGUGGGGCUGAAGGCCAGUCUUGCUUGCUCUGGCUUGACCAAACAAAGUGAGGGAAGAGGAGGACAAGGGAGGGGAGGCUGCAGAAUCUUGGCCCCCUGUGGCUUCUUGGGGGAUGUCAAAGAGGUAGGCAUGGACUGACCCAGCAGCCCUCCUAACAAUGGGCCUGCGAGGACACGACAUGCUUUGCGAGGACUGAGACAUGCGCAAGGAGAAAUGGCCACACGUUCUGUUAGCACAGGGAACACAGGCUUCGCCUCCUUUCCGCUGGGCCUCCGGAAUAAAUAGCCAAAGGCUCCUUUGAUGGGUUACUGCAAGGAUAGGAAAAGGGGGAAGGUGGCACGAAUGCAGGAAGAAAAGUCUUUGGGCCAGAAAGGCAAGAUGCAGAGGGUGGCUGGUCCUCACGUGGCCCUCAGUCUGCAAAAAAGGAGCAACAGCGUCUCCUCGCCUGCUUGGAAGCCUCUGGAGGACAAGCGUGUGCUCGGAGGAGCUCCUUCGGACCAAGCCUCCGCCUGGCCUCCAGGAUUCUGCAAGGGGGUUGUUAGCUUGCCUCCGUUCCAUCAGCCUCACGGCCUCGGCAACCUCAGCACAUCCCCAGCAGUAGCACCAUUUAAUUCCCUGUGGCUUCCUUGUGGAAAUGCCUGAGCUUUCCUUGAGUGGCAUAAAUGUGCACGCUCCUUCUGGAAACGACGGGAGGGGAGGUGGCGUAACGGGCGUUUGUCCCACAGUGGCCGAAGGAAGCGACUGUGCGCUCGCUGGGCAGAACGCCUCAGAGCCUUGGUUGCUGGGGCUGCUGUUCAGGCAAAUGAUGAAAAGCCCUCCUUGCAAAUCGCCCCUCCUUCCAGAGAUCCCCCCCCACUGCACAGAUUCCUCCGCUUUACUCUUGGGAUCGAGACCAGAGUUUCCUCAAGCGCAGAUCAGCCCGCCAGUGAAGAGGCCCUGAAUCUCUCUACAUAACAGUCCAACAGAAAGGAGCCAUUUUGGUUUUGCUUCCCGUGGGGGGGGGGGGUGGCGAGGGGCAGCCCACGUGCUGAGCUUUGCCAGCUUGCACUCCCUUUUAGCUGCAAGAGUUGCAGUUCUGGAUGGAGGACGCCGUGUUCUGCACCCGCAGGCGGUUAUUUUAAGCAUCCACAGGGCUGGUUUCUAGAGAAGCAGAAGCGAGGGCCUGCCUCUUAAAAGCCUCACCUGUUCCCAGUCUCCUCCUUAGCAUGGGAUGAACAGGCCAGCCAUUGUCAUUGUGUUUUUAUUUGGGUGAGGGACACAGCCGAGGUGCGCCUGUCGAAAUGUUGGCUUGGAGAGAGUCGGAGGGGGGGCGGGGAGGCCGCUAAGCGGGUGGGUCGGGGGAGUCUGGAAGCAGGGGUCACACUGACUGUGGAUGUUGUUCGGCUCUGACUGCUGUUUUCUUUCAGAUGAAGAAUGCCAUGAACUUGCCUGGCUUUGGAAAUCCGUCAAGGGCAGGGUGCAAAACACACUAGUAGGAUAUGUCCCUUCACACUUUCUCUAAAGAGUAGCCCUUUCUUGGGGGAGAUAAAAUGCUUUGCGUUAAGGAGCGGGGUUGUAAUUUUUUUUCUCUGUUGCGACGGGGAAUGUUUCAUUUCCAAGUAGCUGUAAAUUUGAUGGUAAUGGUAGGAUAUGGGGGUGUGGGGGGGGGGCUGGGAUGAAAAAGAAGCCUGGCUAAGAUUGCUUUUUGAAGAACAGACCCAUGCAUGUACCUGUGGCAGGUGAUCUCAGUGCUGGGUAAAUGAAAGCCAGUGGGGGGACAGCUGAGCUGCAGCCAAGCUGCACAGCCCCCACCGGUUGUAUGCGCUGCCCUUGGCUUCCUUUGUGUUGCUGCCGUCUUUUGCCAAGCUCAGCAUGAUGUGCCAGGACAGCAGAACCCCAGCUGGCGGCUGAAGCGGCCCUGGACUCCUUUGAGGUUCUCCAGAAGGCCAACUCGGUCGCAGUGUCAGACACAGGCUGGAGCAGCAUUUCCAGGAGAGCAUUCAGCUGGUGCAGCGCUCGCAAACGAAUGGCCAGGGCAGUGCUGAGAUGGCCAAAGAGUCACAAGGCUCGGCAGAUGGGGGUGGGGGGGGGGAGGAACACGGGGCACCGCCUUAAACUGAGUCAGACCACGGGGGUCCAUCAAGGUCCGUCCUGUUGGCUGCUCCCCGGGGUCUCGAGCGGAUGUCUCUUCUGUCGCCUACUACCUGGUCCAUCUUUUAUCUGGAGAUGUUGCAGGGGUCGAACUCGGGCCCUUCUGAGCCACGGCUCCUUUCCGUGGUGCCCCGGGGCCAAGGCUCUCAGUGGGCUGUGCGAGUUUGUUCUGCUUGGGCAGCCUUCCUGGGAUGCUGGCCAGGAGACAGGCAGCCACGGUGGCCGUGUAACCAUGCCCAAGUGGCUAGCCGGGGCCAGAUCCUCCGCCGCCUCUCCUUCCAUGGCUGAGCCAAAAGCAACACACCAGAAGGCCAAGCUAAGCAUGGAGGGGGAGCUCUCGAGGAAGGCCUGCUAGAUCUGCUUACCGGGCGGCUGGACGCAGCAGCUUCAGCCGUCUUUGGGCCAGAAAUUCUGUCUUCUGGGGCGGGCCGAGGUCCCUCAGCCCACAGCCCACCUCUCUAGCCGACCUCCCCAAGCGUCCCUCCCUCUGAGGGAGCUUCCGAAGUGGGGAUGUGGAUGUGCCUGAAGAGCGAUCCUGCUGGUCCCUGGGUCUGCCUCCACUUCUUCCUGAAUCAUGACUUCUGCUCAGUAAAAGGCUGUGGCCAAGGACUCCCCCCUCUCUGACUUCUUCUCCCGCUGGUCUGCAGGUAUAUUUCAGUACCUCAAGAAGCUAUUCCUGACCGAGCAAGCUGGCCGGGCUCAGGUGGCGGACUUCCUGCGCAAGAAUGCGGCCAACUCCAUCUCCAUGGCGAACCUCGUCAUGGGCCUGUCCUCGGUCCUCUGCAGCCUCAACGGGCUGCACCAUUGCGCAUGCUGGCUGGUCCUGGUUGGAUUCCUGCUGGACUUGGCGGACGGCGCAGUUGCCAGGCAGCUGAAUGCUUGCUCAGCCUUGGGAGCUAAGCUGGAUGACUUCGCCGACUUCACCACCUUCGGACUGGCCACCUCGCUGCUCUUGCAGGCCCACGGGAUCCUGGACGGGCUGCUCGCCAUCGUGUACGUGCUGGCGGUGUUCACGCGCCUCUGCUUCUUCUCCAGCGGGGUGCCCUUCAUGUACCGGGGACUGCCCUGCCCUUACGGCUCCUCAGUGCUGGCGUCCACCUACCUCUUGACUGGGGGCAACCUCGUGGUGAUGCGCGUCGUUGCCAUGGUGAUGAUCCUCUUCAUGGUCGAUCAGGGCUUCUACCCGCAUGACAAGGUGCUGGAGUCUCAGGCCUGGAAGAAGGUCGUGUACGUGGGAGGGGCCGCGGUGGUGUUCUUCUCUGCCUUCCCCACAGCUUCACUCUACUACCUUCUUUGGUCCAUUUCGUACAUCUUCUUCCCCACUGUCUUGUGGAGCCACAAAGCGUGAGACCACCUGCGGCACCGCACGGAGUGAGCUUCGUGCACAGCUGGGGUGACGUGUCCGAGGCAGCCCUGCACUUCAGACCAAGUGAUCCAGUGUUAACACCCAUGAGUUGCCUAAAACCUUACUAAAGCUUUCGCCAUCCUGACUUGAACGAAAUGGCUUUGGGGUGUUUCCAUCACAUCCUGUAGCACUUUACCCUCCGUGCAGGAGGCCUGUCUGGGGAGCGCAGUGGCUGCCUGCUGCAGGGGAACAGAUUAACCCUCCAAGCCUCUUCAGUGUAGAUAUGAAUGUACAGAUUCUUGAUAAACAAAGAACACUAGAGAGAUUUAAGAGGAAGUCAUUUAUAGAUUAUUUUUUUUUUAGUUCUUGGUGUACAUGUUGAUGGCUUUUAGGGUCUCAGUUCUGCUCUCUCCGCCAUCUUUUAGGAAUCCUUUUCUCUCCGGGAUGGGGCCUGGAAAAGGGGACCCGAUGCUAUCUGCCAACGUCUUGCAUUCUUUGCCUGGGAAUCUGGGCAGGGGGCAGUUAAAGAGAGCAAAUGGGCCUGUUGGGUUUGCACUGGUUAGAUUUGCAGCAUUUUAGAGCAAAGAAUUCCUACUGCUCUGGGACCAAAACUGGACUGUAGCAAAGGAGGAAUUGCUGCUGCCCUCAUGCUGAGCUCAUCCCGCAAAGGUACAGCUGUAGUAUUUUUGGCCUUCCUUGAAUUCUCCAGGUUGGCCUUACCAAGGCCCAGAUUGAACUCAGACUUCCCCCCUUCCCAAAUACAGAACAAUUUAAACUAUUAAGGUUUAACAUUUUGUGCCAUUUAAGAGAUUCCAGACAGACAACAUCUGGUUUUGCUUGAAGGGUCACUGGCCAAGUGUUAGCCAACAGCCUCUUAGUACUGGUUGGUUUCCAGGCUUUGCAUAGAUGCAGGAGGGCAACAAGUAUCCUCCAGGCACGUCCUCAGGGAUCUAGACCUGAGGUGAGCUUUGAGAUUUCUUAGUUGUUCUAUGUCAAGCCCCUCACCCAGUUUCCUGCCACUGUUGAACAGCUGAACCAACCAGUCCUGCAGAAACAAGUAAUAGGCCUGGCGACGAAACGGAGAUCUCCAUGGUGGGAAAACCCAGCGGCCCUGCAGGCCCCCCACUAAACCUCUCCUGCUUCUUUGCCUUCAGCCCCUCCCCUGUGACAGCUAAUAAGAAAAUUGCUGUGUUUCUUUUGAGGGGUGUGGGAAGAGCUCUGCUGCAGGCUGGUGGCAGAUGUAGCACAGCCAGGCAGGGUCAUUUGUUACAGAGGUAAUUUCUGUGUAGGUGCCUCAGAGCCGUGAGCUCCCAGUCCCUGUACCGAUACCUGGAGUGCCUCUGAAGUCACUUUGCCCAAUCCCCCCCGGUCCUGAAAAGGAUCAGCAAGAUGUGCCCAAGAAGAACCUCUCCUCAAAUUAUGAGCUAGUGGAAAAGCCUCUGCUUGGCGCAUAGAAGGCCCCAGGUUCAAUCCCGUUAAAAGGAUCAGGUAGCAGAUGAUGUGAAAAAACUCCACCCGAGACCCUGCAGAGCAGCUGCCCGUCUGAGUCGAAAAUGCUGACCUGGAUGGCCCCGUAUGGUCUGACUCAGUCUCAGGCAGCUCCAUGUGUGUCCCUCUGUGUGUAGCCACCGAAAACUUGCUAGACAAGAAUUCUUUGGCCUCUCCUUUGUGGCAAAGGCCCAAUCCAGUCAUUUGCACGGAGCUAGCAAGUAGAUUUGCUGCUGUAAUAACAGAACAAAAAGUCCCCGUGUUGGGAAGCACUGUGAUAUUUAUUUUUUACUGCUCCAUGUAGUGAGAUGUUCCUAGGAAACUUAAAUUUUCUUUCUCCUGUUAACAGUUUUGAGAGUGGGAAAAGCUCUGGAAGAUGGACUGUGUGUCAUUGUAAUACUGUACUUGAAACUAAUGAUCUUGUGUUUUGGGAAAUAAAAUGUGAAAAGAGUUA